AUGGCAUCUUCAUUGCUCAGCCAGAAAUACAUUACUUCAUCAGAAUUUUCUAACCCUGCUCCUCUGGAGAAGGAGCAUAUUUCACACCUUGGGGCCCCAUUCAUUGAGUCCUUCAAUUUCAUGGUGGAAGAGGGACUGAGUAAAGCCAUGAAGAAAAUUAUUCCUAUCGUGUUCACUGUCCCAGAGAAUUACUCAGUAUGCCUAUGGGCUGAGGUGUUUUACUUGCUCAGGCAUCUCCCUUCCCUGGCAUGCUGGGGCUUGCACUUGGAAAUAAACACACUGGACAUGUUUGGAUUUGAACCCAGGUCCCCUGCCAUGGGAGCCAAGUUCAUUACUGAGUCACUCACCUGUCCCCAAUAUCCCAUGUAUUCAGUUUAUGCACAACUGUCAUAUGAUUUUGUAGAAGAGACCUGUACACCCACCAGCAGAUCAUAUGACCCAGGAGAAGAGAGCCCUUACGACCUGCCAGAUGUGGAACUCCAGCCUCCCACACUUUCAGAAGAUGCUGAUGAUGUGGGAAAAUUCAAGAUAUAUCCCCAGCGAGUGAAGAUGGGUGAAGAAGAGAAUGAGAUUGGUGGAUAUUUUGUUGUCAAGGGACAUGAGCGACUGAUCCGAAUGCUUGUGAAUGUGAGGCGAAACUAUCCUUUGGCAUUGUCCCGCAGCUCAUGGAAGCAGAGGGGGAAGCUCUUCUCUGAUCAAGGAGUUUUGAUUCGAUGUGUCAGAGAUGAUGAAUCCUCCACCAACAAUGUCUUGCACUACCUUCGAGAUGGGACAGCAAAGAUUAUGUUCAGCUUCAGCAAACAAAUGUACUUUGCUCCCCUCAUGAUGGUCAUGAAGGCUUUGGUGGAUGUCUCUGACAAGUUCAUCUAUGAAGAACUCAUCUCUGGCAUGGAGGAUAAUCUAUACUAUCUCAGUUGUGUGAAGAACAUGCUCAGGGUCCUUCAGGAAGAGAAGCUGUAUACACAGCUGGACAUGAAGAGGUUUAUUGGCCAGUGCUUCCAUGACAAAGUUGUUCUCCAUGUACCUGAGUCCAAACCUGAUGAAGAUGUUGCUGAUUUUCUCAUUGAUGAAUGUGUAUUGGUGCAUUUGAACACCCGUCAGGACAAGUUUCGCCUCCUGGUCCUCAUGACCAAAAAGCUCUUUUCAUAUGUAUCAAAUGGCUGUUCACCAGAAUCACCUGAUUCUCCAAUGAUGUGGGAGGUGUGCCUUGCUGGGCAUGUUAUUCUUCAAGCGCUCAAAGACCAGGUGGAAAACUUUCUUGUUUUUGUGCGCAAUCAGCUGAUCCAUCGGUCUCGAAAUCAGGAUCUCUUUCACCUGGAUCAUGGCCUCACUAUUGUGCUGGAAAACAUCAACUGGCUUCGAUACAUAUCCCACUUUCGUGCCUUGCAUAGAGGAAGCUUCUUUUUGCAGAUGAGAACUUCUGAAGUCCGAAAGCUCCUUCCAGAGGCCUGGGGUUUCAUUUGUCCCAUCCAUACACCUGAUGGAACACCAUGUGGGCUUUUGAAUCAUCUAACGUGGAACUGUGAGAUCAUCACAUCACAGGCAGACACCAGCAAAUAUCCAGAACUCUUGUGUGCCAUUGGAAUGAUACCCUUGGACAGCAUGGCCUAUCCACGAGGAUCUUUGCAUGUUCUUCCUGUCCUGCUUGAUGGGAGACUCAUUGGACACGUGCACGUCAUCCGAGCAAGGGAUUUCAUCUGGCAACUUCGCAUGCUCAAAAUUGCAGGAGAAAAGGUGUCACGUUUUUUGGAGAUAGGGUAUGUGCCAAACUUGGGAAAGCCAGAAGCUGGGAGUCGUGGUGGUCAGUGGCCAGGGAUCUUUCUGUUUGCUGGACCAAGCCGUCUCAUGCGUCCCAUUUUCAACAUUUAUGCCAGAUCAGUAGAGAUGAUUGGGGUACUUGAGCAAGUCUACCUUCAUAUUGCUGUUACAUCGGAUGAAGUUCGAGAAGAUAUGACAACACACAUGGAGCUGUCUGCCAUCAGCAUGAUGAGCAAUCUUGCUUGCCUGAUUCCUUUGCCAGACCACAACCAAAGUCCUCGCAACAUGUUCCAAUGCCAGAUGUCUAAGCAGACUAUGGGAACCGCCUUUCAUUGCAUGCGUCAUCGACCAGAGACAAAGCAAUAUCGGCUCAUCACACCCACCUCCCCGCUGUUUCGUCCAGCCCAGUAUGAUCGUAUACAGCUGGAUGACUACCCUGUUGGCACCAAUGCCAUUGUUGCUGUGAUCUCAUAUACAGGAUAUGACAUGGAAGAUGCAAUGGUGAUCAGCAAAGCAAGCAUGGAACGUGGCUUGGCUCAUGCUUGCAUCUACAAGUCAGAAGUAAUUGAUCUGAAGGACUUGACUGGGGAAAGGAAGACUGCCCUGGCAAGCUUCUUUGGAAGAGACCCUGAGGAAAAGAAGAAGAGUCAGCUGGAAGAUGAUGGUUUCCCACCUAUUGGAGCUAGACUGAAUGAAGGAGAUGCUUUCUAUUCGUACUAUGAUGCAGGAACAGGUCGAUAUCGCACCAUGAGGUACAAGUCUACAGAGACUGCUCAUGUGGACACUGUUAGGUUCUGUCCUGCUGGGGAAGGCUUGGGAGAGGAUUAUCCCAGAGUGUGUAUUACACUCCGUAUGCAUCGUCCUCCAAGUGUGGGGGAUAAGUUUGCCAGUCGUGCCGGUCAGAAGGGAAUAUGCAGCAUGUUAUACAAGACAGAGGACCUCCCUUGGACAGAAAAUGGCCUCACCCCUGAUAUCAUCUUCAAUCCACAUGGCCUUCCAUCUCGAAUGACCAUGGCCAAGGUCAUGGAAUGCAUGGCAGGAAAGGCUGCAGCUAUGCAUGGCCAUGUCUAUGAUGCCCAGCCUUUUCGAUUCAAUGAAAAGCAAACUGCUGCUGACUAUUAUGGAAAACUGCUUGAAAUGGCUGGAUUCAAUUACUAUGGGACAGAGACAAUGUACUGUGGAACAUCUGGAGAAGCCAUGCCAGCUGACAUCUUCUUUGGUGUUAUUCAUUACCAGAGGCUACGACACAUGGUUCUGGAUAAAUGGCAGGUUAGGAGCACAGGAGCAGUGAAUGCAGUCACCCAUCAACCAGUGGGAGGGCGAAAAAGGGGUGGAGGUGUUCGUUUGGGAGAGAUGGAACGAGAUGGACUCAUUUCUCAUGGUGCUUCCUUUCUUUUGCAAGAUAGGCUCUUUGAAGGCUCUGACAAAUCUCUGGAAUUCUUCUGUUUUGAGUGUGGGAGCCUCUUGACAGUGUGCAAUCCAAUACCGAAGGGCAGUACUCUCCAGGAAGAUUUCCCCAAGUGCCUAAAAUGUGAUACUACUGACACUGUUACUGUCUUGGAGAUCCCAUAUGUGUUCAAGCUCCUCUGUUCCCAACUGGCAGCUGCAAAUGUCAAAGUCACUCUCUCUACUAAAAGGAAAUGAUCUUUAGCUAUUGAGUCAGUUGCAUUGUUGGAAAUGAAAGCAUUGGUGGUGA